CCAUCAUGUUUCUUCGUAAUAUAUCAAUAACUUUAUUAGGAAUCGCCUAAUUAAUUGUCUUCAAUAACAGUUCAAAAUUAAACGAGUGUUUCUAAUGUAUGAUUUUGUAUAAUCCUGCAUUAUCUUUAUAAGAGAGCUACAUCUUUUUCAUUAAGAUUAUAAAAUGAAUCAUUUAAAACAUAUUCGUGGUAUAAGUGUUCGUGCUUCAUCUAACGCUGCUUUGCCAUCGCAUUAUGGACACCAUACUAAUAUAUAUUUUGAGAAUUAUAAAUUAAAAUCGCAGCUAUUACGGUCAGAUCCAUUAUUUGCAAUAAAAAAAAGUCAUAAUGUUGAUGUCAAAUAUUUGGGACAGUUUCAUCAAGGCAGCCUGCGGCUCGUUUCCAAAGAGGGCAAAACGAUUCGCAAACAACGUAGUAAAACCAAGUCUAGCAUGACUUCAUUAAAGAAGAAAUCAUCGAUGCAUAAGAAAUUGCCAUCAGAGAAUAUAGCAAAAAGAGUGUAUCAUUAUUCUACGUGUCAGAAUGUCAAAUUUAAUAGCAAUGAAAUUAACAAACAAUUCAUGACUCAUAACAAUGCGAUAAUAAAUGGCGCGAAGGAUAUUAAUCGUCAUAAUAGUUUUAUGGCGACUAUUGAGAAAUAUCCUCGACCUCGAUCAUAUGCAGAAAUGAUAGCCGAUUACAGCGAAUCCUUAUAUAAGGAAGCCACUGCAGGUGCACGAAAGGAUAGUUUUUAUUUCAACAAUGCAAUAUGCAAGAGUCCAUUCAGUACUUUCUCGGUUCCACCUCAGGCUAAGAAAAUUAUGAAUGUUGCUGAAUACAGUGAACUUUCAAUUGAAAGACAAAAAAAUGAUUUUCCUUUUCCCGUUAAGUCAUCUGAUUUUUACAAUCAACGUAAGAACAAAAAUAUUAAUCGGAACUAUGUUACUACGAACGACGACUUGAAGAGCGACGAUCAGUCUUAUGCGAAAUUAGUUGCUGAUUGCAGUAAGUCCCUGCAUAAUAUUCCUAUUACAAAUGUUUUGAAUAAUAAUUUAGUAUCAAAAAGGAACAUGUUAGAAAGAAAUUCUUUUGAAUCUGUUAUUGCUACGACAAGAAGAACCAGUGGCACGCAAGAGACAACGCGGAAGAUAAUUCCCGCUAUUAGUACAAUGCCACUCGAGAAAAAUAUCAAGGAAAAAGUGAUUAAUUUAAAGGAAAAUGAUUGGUUAAAAGAAAUGGAAAACGUGAUAAGUGACUUAAAAAAUGUGACCGAUAGAAAAGCCGCAAGAGUUGAUGUUCCUAAGAUGAAAAAAUUUGAUAAUCAAAAGGAGAAAGAUACGACAACUAGGAAAUUGAGCUGUCAAUCUGAUAAAAUCGAUAGAAUGGAAAAACGUAAAAAAGUUCUUGAAUUGCAAAAGCACAAUUAUUCGCACUCGAGUGGCAAAAUCUCAAAUCUGCCACAAUAUUUUGGUAAUGCAGCGGAAAGUUCAGCCGUAAAGAAAAAUUCAACGCUUGCGUCAACUAGCGGUAAUACUGUAUUGAAACAGCCACAAGUAAAAUUGCGGAUGGUGCCUUCUGAAAAAGAAUCCGUUGUAUCCAUCAAUGUGAACCAAGAUUCGUUUGGAUCAUUAGAUCCUCUAAAUUCUACCUCAAAACAUCUCUCUGUCGUCGUGCAAUCUGAUCAAAAGGAAGAUGUAAAAUUAAUGGACAAUCAAUGGAACGCCCCAACGCUUCGGCGUACCAAUAAAAGUGCAUCGCAGAGCAGUGCUUUCGGUCCAAUGUAUAUUUCAAUUAGCGAAGACUCUGCACCAGUCAAACAAAUUGAGUUUUCAAUUAAUGGCAAACCGGUUUCGGAGCUGAAGAGUAUCACUGCGCGAACGGAGAAACUAGAUGUGGUGAGUUCCGCGGAUAAAAUUGAGAUCAGAAUACCGUUUGUCAAGGACGAUUUGAAUGUAUUGGACAAAACCAGAGAGGGUGACCUAUCGAAAGGAAUUAAGCCAAAAGGGCAAAUAUUGAAUGUGCAAAUAUCUGCCAAUUUUCAGGACGAAUCUACGAAAGAUAGUAGUAUUGAGAAACCAGCGAAAACAAUACAAUACCAAUAUGACAGAGACACGAUACCAAUAUCACAACCAAUUUCUAAAACUCCUUAUUUGUCUAACAAUUUCCCAAAAGUUCGUGAGGAAACUUUUAGCAGUAAUAAUAUACAACAAUACGAGUGUACUAAACAAAUGGAUAUUAAAUUUGACGAUAACGAAACAAAUAUUAAGAAAUAUAAAACAGGCACUUCGUUGAUCAAAGAAAUAAAUAAUGUUGAAGUUGAAAGUUUGAAUACAAGAAGAACAAAUACUACAGGAUUUCCGGAAGCAAAUAAGUACAAUGAAAAUGAAUCUUCUGACAAUCGCGUUCCUUCAAAAAUGAUCCCUUGGUGGUCCUCCUCGGAUUCUUUCAACAAGAUAAGAAAGAAGGAAAAUGAUCAUAGACCGCUUAUACCACCUUCAAAUAAAAAUCAAUAUAAACCAAUUUCAAGUUUGAAUCAAAAUUUUGUCACUGAAUCAUUACUAUCAACGCCGAAAAAGACAUCAAAUUCAAAGGUAUUACCAAAGAGAAUUCAAUUAAUGAAUAACACAACUACAAAUAAUUCUAGCAAUACAAGUCCAAAUUCUAUAAAUCUUUAUGAAGAAUCUAAACCAUCUCUUCAUUAUGCAUGCUCAUUUAGAUUAAAAUCAAAUCAAGGAAAUUCCAAUAUGCCUGAAAUUAUAAGAAAUGGUUUGAAAGCUGAAGAUAAACAGACAUUAACUGCGAAAAAAGAUAUCAAUAAAAUUUCUGGAAUUAAACAAAUGGAAUCGAUUACAUUAUUUAAAUCUGAUACAAUGAAUAUAAAAAGCAAACGUGAUAUAGGUAUAAAAGAAAAGACAUUUGUACAAGAAAAAGUCAAGCCACCAAGUAGUGCACAAAAUUUAUCAUCAAAAACACAUCAAGAGAAAAAAAAAAGUUAUUCACUAAAACAAACAAGGUCAAUUGAUGAUGUAUCUAAAAAUAUAAAAUCAAAAAUAGAAGAUAUUUUGGAUGUUAUAAAACCAAUUGAAAAUAAUAAAAACGGCACAACAGAUUAUGGUUUAAAGAAGAUGUCAUCAAGACAAUUAACAGCAAAAUUAAAUAAUGCAGCGAAAGAAAUUCAAAAUCCAAUAACUACGAUAAAGGAUUUUAUUCCAAAUUCAUCUACAGCGGAAAUAGUGUCAAAGAAGAUUGAUAAAACAAUGUUAAUAAAGCAAAUAGAACCAACUAAUACAGAAAAAUUAAAAUUAAAGAGCGAUAUUUCGCCGAAGAAAAAAGAUUUAACAAUAAAAAACGAUGCGAUCAUGAAUCUUAAAGCGCUGAAUAACAAAGUUAACAAUAUGCAAGAAGUAGAUAAGAAUGAUUUUACAAGUUCAAAUUCUCCAAAUUUAAAAAAUUUUCCAAAAUUAACGCAAACACUAAAAAAACAGGAACAAUUCGUUAACAUCAUUUAUCAAGAUAAAUCGAAACAGGAUUUUAAAUCAUCAUCGAAGAUUAAUAAAAAUGAACAUAAUUCGUUAAUUACUUCUUCAUUAAGGACUUCUUCAGGAAUGAUGCAAAAAUCAGAAAUCUCAGGAAAGGUAUUAUUAGAAGAGUCAAAGCAAAAUAGACCAAAAACUUUAACAAGCAUAAAGAAUACUCUAGAAAUGAAUCAAAAAUUCGAAAAAUUACAAAAUUUGACAUCAUCGAAAUCGGCUAAUCCAUCCAAAGAAUCUUCUGAUACGAUAAUAAUAGAUAAAUUGCCAUUGAAAACCGAAAAACAAAUACAAUCAAAACCGGCCAAAAAUGCAAAUAUGACUAAAAUUGUCAAUAUAAAUAAGCUGUCCUCUUCACAAACAGUAUCAAUUUCAAAAACAAAGGAUUGUACAAUAUCUAAAAAUUCAAUAGAUAAAAAUGCAAGAGAAAUAUCUCAAUCUGUAAAACCGAAAAGGAUCAAAGUGAGAGAUAUGAUAGCCGAAAUCGUAACGAAAAAUCCCAAGAGUAAGAAUCUCUUACCGAAGGAAUGUGAGGAAAAUUGUUUUAAGGCAGGAUCGGACAAAGAAUAUUUUUUGGGAUCAGCUGGUUCUUCAAGGAAGCCAAAUGUUUCGAUUAGUUUCAAGUCAGCAGAUUCAAAUACGAAAUCUAGGUCAGCCAUAUUCAAAGUUCGACAAAAUUUGAAUGACGUCGAUAUGCUGGAAUAUCCUGCGCCAAAUGUAAUCAGAAGUAAUGGAUUGUGGAUUAAUAUGGAUAGACCAGAGAAGAGUAUACUAUAUUCCGCAUGGUUACAACGAUUUGAAGGAACUCGUCGAGUAAACACUGGAUUGGGUAAUUAAAAUUCUCAUUACGCCGGCGGCAUCUUGAAACGCGCCGUGGACAAUAGGCUCGAAACGAAGUCGCGGGUUGCAAGGAUAGGAUCGUGCCGUAGAGAGGCAGAGGGUGAAAGCAUAAA